GAUAGCCCUGCGUCAUCAGCCCGGCCGCCAUUUUGUGAGUCUAUAUGAGGCGGUCGCCUAGUUGCAUACGGUUAUUACGGCGGCGCCUCCUCUACGAGUGGGGUGGUUGUUUAGUGUGCCAUGGAAGGCAUUGUUCAAGAUAUAACAGUUGGUACAAAGCGGGGAUCUGACGAACUUUUCUCUUGUGUUACUAACGGACCCUUUAUCAUGAGCAACGCUGCAGCAGGUGAAAACAUUUAUGGGUCUAAUGGUAAUGACAGCAAAAAAUUCAAGGGAGAUAGCAGAAGUGUAGCAGUUGGCUCUAGAGUGAUCCAUGUUCGUAAGCUUCCAGGAGAUGUAACAGAGGCAGAAGUGAUAUCUCUUGGGCUGCCAUUUGGAAAAGUUACCAACCUUCUGAUGUUGAAAGGCAAAAACCAGGCCUUCCUUGAAAUGAACACAGAGGAAGCUGCUAACACCAUAAUUAACUAUUACUCCAAUGUUGCACCAGUUCUUCGAGGCCAGCCCAUUUACAUCCAGUACUCCAAUCACAAAGAACUGAAGACUGACAACUCUCCUAACCAAGCUAGAGCUCAAGCAGCACUGCAGGCAGUGAAUUCUGUGGUAUCUGGCACCCCUGUUCUAUCUGCUUCUGCUGCUGUAGUGGAUGCUAGCAUCGCCAUGUCAGGACAGAGCCCUGUUCUAAGGAUUAUUGUAGAAAAUCUUUUCUACCCUGUCACACUUGAUGUUCUCCAGCAGAUCUUCUCAAAAUUUGGAACAGUGCUGAAAAUAAUCACUUUUACAAAGAACAAUCAGUUUCAGGCACUUCUGCAGUAUGGUGAUCCAAUGAGUGCCCAGCAUGCUAAACUGUCUCUAGAUGGACAAAACAUUUAUAAUGCCUGUUGUACCCUUCGCAUUGACUUCUCAAAACUAACCAGCCUUAAUGUAAAGUACAAUAAUGACAAGAGUCGAGAUUACACCCGACCUGACCUGCCAUCUGGAGAUGGACAACCUACUCUGGAUCAGACAAUUGCAGCCUUUGGUGCUCCAGGGCUGAUUUCAACCAAUCCUUAUGCUGGUGCUGGAUUUCCUCCAGCUUUUGCAAUUCCUCAAGGUGUCCAUGGAACGCUAACUCCUAUGGCUCUGCCAUCAGCAGCAGCUGCUGCAGCAGCCGCGGCAGGCAGACUUGGUUUUCCUGGAUUUGGCAUCCCUGGAAACUCUGUCCUGCUAGUUAGCAACUUAAAUCCAGAGAGAGUUACACCCCAAUGCCUCUUUAUUCUUUUCGGAGUGUAUGGUGAUGUGCACAGAGUGAAGAUACUCUUUAACAAGAAAGAAAAUGCUCUUAUACAGAUGGCAGAUGGGAACCAAGCUCAACUUGCAAUGAGUCAUCUGAAUGGCCAGCGGCUCCAUGGAAAGCCUCUCCGUACAACUGUAUCCAAGCACCAGACAGUUCAGCUACCACGAGAAGGACAGGAAGACCAGGGCUUGACAAAAGACUACAGUACUUCUCCCCUUCACCGCUUUAAGAAGCCAGGCUCUAAAAACUUCCAAAAUAUCUUCCCUCCAUCAGCAACACUGCAUCUCUCAAACAUUCCGCCAUCUGUAUCGGAAGAGGAUCUAAAGAUGCUGUUUUCAAAUAAUGGGUACACAGUGAAAGGAUUCAAAUUCUUCCAGAAAGACCGGAAAAUGGCUCUCAUCCAAAUGGGUUCUGUUGAAGAGGCCAUAGAAUCGUUGAUUGAAUUGCACAACCAUGAUAUGGGAGAGAACCAUCACCUCAGAGUGUCCUUUUCCAAAUCCACAAUUUAAGGUUCAUGGCAGAGGAGAAAAGACGGACUCUUAAAGCCCAAGGAGAGUGAGAUCUGAUAUCAGAAACCAUUCCCAAGGGUUCACUUCCAUCAUUCCAGAUAAAAGCCACUUUAUGGAUGAGAAAUGCAACUAAAAGUGUCCUUGAAUAUCGGAUUUAUUUUACACAUUUUUUUUUUUUUUUUUUUUAAUUCACACAACUGUUUUUAGAUGGUGACAUGGGGCAAUAAGGAUUUGUCCCAAGUAUGUCUAAGCCCAAUACAGGAGACUUUAUAUAAAGCAAGUCUAUUUAAGGACCAAAUUUUUCCAUUCCCCUUGCAAUACUUUUGUGUAGUGUAGGUUUUCAGGUCUGCUAUAAAUUUACUAUGCAGCUUAUACCAUAUACCAAACUAUUGUAGGAAGAGCUUUUAUAUUCCAUCUUGAGCUAGUAGAGCCUUAAUUUGGCAUAAUGCUUCAGGCAUUCAAGGUGUUGCUGGGAAAAGACUGAUCUAUCCCUGGCGUAUUGAGUGUGUAACUCAAAACAUGCAGGUGUAUAAUGUAACGGAUUUACACUUUACCUUUUGUCUUAACUAAAUGAAGCUUUGCUUCUUUCUCCUGUAGAAGGCAUCUACUUUCUUCACAAUAUUGACCAAAUAUACUCAUUGUUCCAAGGUGGUAUUUCAUUUGAUAGAAUACGCAAGUGUAACUCCUGACAGCUUGUGGAUACUAUGGGAAUUUGAUUCCAGUGCCGUUUUGUUAUGCAAUUUGAUAUAUUUAUGGGACUUGACAUGGUAUGUUGUGUCUGAGAGGAUGAAGAAAAUAUAAAUUGACUUAGAAUGACACUGACUCUGAAGGUUCUGAAAUUUAGAAUUUUUUUCUUUUUUUAAUUUUUUUUAGCGAUUAUUGCAAUGCUUAUUUGAUCCAACUUUGCUUUUCCUAUGGGCACCACCAAGCCUUCAGUCUUGCCUAAAUAUGCCUUAAUAAAUCACCCUACUUGGGUGUAUAAUUUGGGACCAAAUCACUUCAAAGAAAUUAACAGUCCAGUUGUCAUUCCAUUAGGUGGGUCUCAAUCACUGACCAUAUAUGCACAUUGUUUGGCACUUAAUGUUGGGGCAUCCCAGCUUCACCUGAGCAAGUGACAAACCCGUAAAUAUUUAUAAAUGGUAUGGGCUCGGUUGGCUUUCAGUAAAGAAUGCAAACUAAUCUGCUGGAUUCUGAACUGGAACAUGUUGAAGAAAAUUUCCUCCAUGUCACUUUCUGGCAAUCUUACUUUGCCUUGUUAAUUUUGUUACCUCAGUGGUAUGAAAUUUACACAAUGGCUCAAAUUCUGGACAAGCCUUAACGCUCCAGUCCAAUGUGUUAAGUGCCUUAAUGCAACAUUCAAAAGUAUGUAUUGCUAGAUUUCAUUUAGUUGCCACCCCAACCCCAAAGUUUCAUGACUAGAUCUCUGUAAAGGAUUUCUCCAGAGAUGCAUUUUGUUUUUCAACUCCAGUCUUGCUGUACAUUGGUCAAGUUUUACAUAACUGCUAGAGCAGUAUUGGUAAAAACUUUGGCAGUCUCUUUAAAAUGUACCGAGGCUUCAAUCAGAGACCCUGGUUUCAUUGAUAAGCAAGGAUGCGGAUGUGCCUCUCUAUACUGUGCAUUUCACUCUGUAUACAAAAUUGUGUAAAUAAAUGUAGCUUUUAUAUACCUGUUCAAUUACAAAGCUGAAACAGUAUAUUUUGUGGUAAACUGUAUAUUUUGAUAACCUUUCCAAGAUCCAGUAUUGCAGGAUGCAGGUAUGACCAACAGCUAAAGAAAGCCAUUACCUCUAAUCAAAUAUUUGUAUGAAAGACAUUAAAACUAUUUUAUAAAAAACCUUUAUACUUUCUGUAGAUGUUUGUUCAAUCAGACUGUAGCAAUCAGCCACUAUGUAUUUGGGCUUAUAAAUAAAAUUCUUUUUCUUUUUUUCCUA